CAUGGAUCCUUUUGUGCCUUGGAAUGUCGCUGACCGUGAGUAGCCUCAGUGGGCGAAGCUUGACUCUCCAUGCGACGGAUUUGGAAAAUGGGCUGCGCAAAGCUGUAGCCCAAGCACUGGAGCACCCCAGCUUUCGAACCAGACUGGUCUUGGCUGGCAACCUUCUUCCAUAUGAUGCGACGUGGGAGGAUGUUGGUCAGCCAUCAGAAGUGGAGGUGGUGACCCUUCCUCCCGUGAUGGAUUUUACCACCUCCCUGUUCCACGCAGUCCAGAAAGGAGAUGUUCGUGAGGUUAAAUCGAUCUUGUUGAAAUGCCAGGAUCCGAAUUGUCAGGAUGCGAGAGGUGAAGUUGUGAGUUUUCUUCUCGAGUGUCGCGCAGACCUGGAAGCAGCUGAUACAUUUGGACGGACUGCCCUGCACUUGGCUGCAUUGAGGGAUUGCGGGCAGGCUGCCCAAAUAUUAUUGGAGUGGGGGAUCCAGAAGAACAGAGAAGACAGCAGUGGCACUACUGCCUUGUACACUGCAGCCGACAAGGGGAACCACGGGGUCUUGUGUGUACUGCUGGAGGCCAGCUCAGAUAUGGAAAAAACUGAUUCAAAUGGUCUGACUCCAUUACAUGCAGCAGCAUCGCGUGGCCGCAUGAAAGUGGUGGUGGAUCUUGUGUCUCAUUCGGCGGACAUGAACAAGUCAUGUCUCAAUGGCAUUACCCCACUUCAUGCAGCUUGUGAUCGAGGAUAUGGCCAGAUUGCAGAUUUUUUGAUCCAAAGUCGGGCAGACUUGGACCAGGGAGACCUUUUUGAAAGCAGCCCUCUACAUGCAGCUGCAGCAGCUGGUCACCAUGAAGUGGUGCGCUUGCUGGUGGAAGGACGUGCAGAUCUUCAAGUGGGAAAUGUCAAUGAUGUUAGCCCAUUGCAUGUUGCAGCGGCACAGGGUCAGAUCCAGGUGGUAGAACUUCUGGUUGCUUCUGGCGCACAGAAAGACAAAGUGAACUGCUUUGGCGCAACACCCUUGCGUGGUGCAGCGGAACAAGGACAUUAUUCAGUUGUGAGUUUUUUGCUACAGAUCAGAGCCAGUGGCACAGUCACUGACAACAGCAACACCACUGCUUUACACUCAGCGGCUGCACAGGGCCACUACGACAUAGCUAAGCUCUUAGUGGAGUCCAAGUCGGAUGUGAAUGGCGCGAGUUGUGAUGGAAUAACCCCUUUGCAUGCAGCAUCAACGCGAGGAGAUUCCGAUUUGGUGGAGUUUUUGCUUAGUUGCAGAGCCAAUCCCAACCAACAAAAUGUCAAAGGGGAGCUGCCUUUGCAUGCCGCGUCAGCUUUGGCACAUGCACGUGUGGUGGAGAAUUUGUUGGGUGCCCGUGCAAAGGUCAAUCAUGUGAAUAGCCGCGGUUUUUCUGCUCUUCACACAGCUGCUAGUCUGGGACGUGUGGAGGCAGCUCGUGCGCUUGUUGAGGCAGGUGCUGACAAAGAGCUGCCAGAUGAUGUGGGAAAUACCGCAUUGCGGGCAGCUGCACGCCAGGGCAGUAUGGAGAUGAUUUGUUUGUUGGUUGAGGCUGGGGCCCAGCAAACCUUUGACAAAACUUUGCAGUGCUCCAGCAUCGAGGUGAUGAAUUAUGUUCUGGUUGAAGAGAAUGCGGAUGCCUUUCAGAAGGCAUCAGAGGAGUUGGCUGAGAAAGAAGAGGCCCUGGAGAAUGCCAUCCAGAAGCAGCAGGAACUCAUCGCCCAGAUGAACCUCGUCUCGGGGGAACUCCAAGGACAGGUGACUCAGCUCACCAAAGAGCUUGAGCUGAGCAAGGCCUCAAAAGAGCAAGUGCAAGCAGCCGCUUCAAGGCUGGAAUCGGAGAAAGCUGUGCUGCUCAACGAAAUGCAGCAGAUCCGCAGCAAGGCUGCCACCGACCAGGAGGCAUUGGGGGAGAAGAUGCGGCAGCAGGAGAAGGAAGCUCAGAAGAAACUUGAAGAAUUUAAACAGGAUUUGAUGCAACUGAGUAGCUGCAAGGACUUCGACAUGGGUCAGGAGGGAUUCAAGUCACGUCAGCAGUCCGGUGAGUUGGAUCGGCAAGGUCCUCAGUUUCCAGCGCCUGGAGAGACUGAGUUGGUCUCUCCCAUGGUGCCGAGCGUGCUCAUUGCGGUGGAAAUUGAUCUUGGAGGCAGCGGGGACGACACCAACGGAGGUGCGGCCACUCUGACCAUUGCUCCUUGGCAAACAAGCUCUGAUUACAAAUUGGUGGUUCAAGAUUUCAUCCACAACUACCGUUUGAAGCCCAUCUUCGAAGAAGCGGUUGUUCGCUUCCUUCAGGUGCCCGGUGCAAUGGCAUGGGAACAAUGCAAGUUGGGAACCGUGAGAGAAGCCCAUGGGAAUGCGUCAGCUCCGGGUGAUUUGGAGAUAUGGAGCACCAAGCUGCCAGAACGUGCAGAGAUGGUUUGCAAGCUCCACUCCAGGACCUUCAGAAAGAUCUUGGAAAUUGAGGCCAUCUCGAACCUACGAUUCCUCCACAAUCAGACGGAGGAAGACGGGCUGGCACCUGAAGAAGAUAGGCUGGCAUCUGAGGAAGAGGACGGAUUAGCCUCAGAGGACGAGCGUUUGGAACGAGAAGCAGCUGCAAGAGAAGCAGAAGAGGUCCAUCAGUGGGAAGUGGAAGAUGUUGUGGAACUGCAUGGCCUGGAAUCUGCUGCCCUCAACGGCCAGGCGUGA